UUCAUGCAAUAUCAGCAAAUCUUCUUCAUAUAAGAAACAUCGCCGAAUCACCUCAGCUGCCAUUGUUUUCGACUCUAACGUGCAGCAACGAGACAAAUCUCAUGACCGUCACUUUCGCAGGAUCAUGGAUUUCAGUUACGGAAAUAUUAUUUUUCUAAUAUCAUUUGUUUUAACUACAAUUUUAGCUUAUUGUAUAAAUAGGUGGUUUUCAACAACCGAAUCAUACGAGAGUUGUUUAAAACUAUUUUAUCACUACAAAAAUUUGAUAUCAUUUUACCGGAGUUCUGGCAAAUGGAGGAAGACGCUUGACAAAAUUGACACUUCGGAAGAAACUAUUGAUACCUAUUCUUCCUACGUUGUUAGUAAUCUUGGAUCAGAUGUGGAUGAAAAAUGCCUUAGAAGACUUUUACUUUCAUCGUACAUCCGACAGAAAACAGAUUCAGAUAUCCUCAUCAAUUUUACCGUAGAUCCGAAAAACCCAUCCCUUAGAAAGGCACUUGUACAAAUACCUUAUCAUUGUACUAAGUCAUGUGAUCUACCCUCAUACAACAAUAGAGUUUUAGAUGACAGAAAAAUAUCAAUACAAGAAAUUAAGAAAAGAAAACAUUUACUAAGAAAGGAUUUUAAACGAGUUUGUCUAAAGCCAACUGUUGUAUCCGUCGGGGAAAGGGAUUAUGAAAACGAAGCGUGGAAAAUGAGCAACUUCACAGAAUAUGUGAUUAUUGAUGGUGGCAAUCAUAUUAUGGAUAUAGACAGAAGGAUUUUAUCUGAUGUCUUGUUUAACGCCAAUGAAUCAGGUAUCCAUAGUAUGGUACUCACGUGUCGGAGCUUAAAGCAGAUCAAACAUGCUGUAAAAUUGUGUGAACUCUACCCAGGAUAUAUGUUUUUCACAGCAGGUGUUCAUCCAUCUAAUAUGGAACAUUGGAAAGAGGACAGCCUAGAGAUGCUAGAGAAGUAUGCUGGACAUUCUCAAUGUGUAGCAAUAGGUGAAUGUGGCCUGUCAAAUAUUAACACAGAUAAACAGGUUGAGGUCUUCAGACAACAGAUUGAGUUGGCAUGUAAACUUGAAAAGCCCUUGUGGUUUUGCUCACUGGCAGCAGAUGACACAUUGAUACCCAUCUUACACGAGUAUAAAGAUCGACUGAAAGCAAUGUGUGUUGGCGAGUAUAUACCAUAUGGGUUGAAAAUAUUUCCACACAGAAUACCAAGACUUUGGGAACUUCUACAAAUGGGAUGUUAUGUCUCUGUGUCAUCAACUUCCAAAAAAGCUGGUGGUUAUGAGUGGACUUGGUUUAAGACCUGGCUAAAGAAAGGUUUUAUUUCUCCAUACAAGAUUAUAUUGGCCAGCAAUGCUCCAUCUACUGGUGUGCCAAAGUUAGAAUAUGAGAGGUUGUGUAAGACACUGGAACCAGAUGAAAUGAAGUACCUCCAGGAUUGUACUGUGAGUUAUCAUUAUGAUAAUUCAAUGGAAGACCUGGAGUAUGAACCGAGUAGUUUGUCUAUCUUGCUUGAGAUUAUCGCGUCCUGCAUGAACUGCCCUCCAAAAAAGCUGGCUUCUGCAUCUACCCAAAAUGCUAGAAUGUUUUUCAACUUUGAAUGAAUUUAACAUUCUUAAAAAACAUUGUCCUGCCUUCAAAUUGCCUAGUUGGGAGAUUGUAUUUUCAUGUUCAUAUUAUUCUUUAAAUCUUUCUGAUCCCGUUGUAGUUUUCUAAAUGUGUGCAGGUUUGGGUGGAUAUUGUUUCCAGCAUCAGUGGCAAGAUUUUUAUUGGUAUACUACAGUUUGUGAUUAUCAUGGUUUUUCAUGAUAAUGUGUACACAUUUUCUCUGUCACAAAACUCCGAUGAACUUUAUCAAGCAAUGACGAAACCACAGAAACGAAACGAGCUAUCGCGAUCGGUAAAAAGGACGUAUGAAAGAGGAGGCUGUCCAGAUCCAUAGCUCUUCGCAAUAUUGUGCACUGGACUCUUUUUUUUAAGUAAAAAGAAAAAUGUGUUGCACUGAGUGAUACACUGAUAAAGAUAAUGUGUUUGCGAAUUUAUGUGAAAAAUGAAGCGUUGAAAGACUUUAUAGUGACUUCAUUAAAGUUGUUACAAUUACUGAGUAAAUGUGUUCGUAAAUUUAUGUGAAAUAGUUGCAAAAUUAACGUCAAAUUCCAAUUAAACUUA